GUGAUCAAUUCGAAUUGGGAUUUCGGGAGAAAGCAAAUCAGAGUCUAGCAAAUUCAAAUGGCACCCAACUACAUAAUCAGCAAGACCAUUCCAUCCUCAUUUUCCCGUCUGUUUUGCCGGUGGUUUAGUUCAAACACAGUCACACUGACCGGCGGUGAUUCUGCAGUCUCGUACAUGGUUCACUCAUGCGGGCUGUCCCCAGAAGCAGCCAUUAAAGCAUCCCACAAGGUAAAGCUUCAAUCUUUAGCAAAAGCAGAUACUGUUUUAGCCCUUUUGAGAGAGUAUGAAUACUCAGAUACCCAGAUCUCAAUUCUUGUGCGGACAUACCCACAUAUUCUGGCUACCGAUGCCCAGAAAACCCUUUUGCCAAAGCUCGAGUUUUUCAGCUCCAUAGGAUUGUCAAGGCUCAAACUUUGCAAUUUACCCAUCUACAACUCAAUGCUCUUCGGGCAAAGCUUGAAGAAGAGAAUUAUACCCUGUUAUACCUUUUUCAAAAGCUUGGUGGCCUCUGAUGUCAAGGUCGUCAAUAUUUGGAAGAACAACCCAUGGAUGUUCAAGACCAAUCUAUCGAAGAGUGUGAUUCCCAAUAUUCAACUUGUGAGGGAUUUGGGCAUGCCCCAGUCCUGUAUCGCUUUCAUGCUAACACAUUAUUCUCUUAUAGUUAUGAAAAAGCCUGGAGUGUUCAGUCAAGUUGUGGCUGAGGCCCAACAUUUGGGAUUCGACCCUCAACUGACGAAAUUUGUGGAAGCCAUGGUCGCAUUAUUUGGAAAAGAGACGACAUGGAAACGAUCUGAAGAGGCUUACAGGAGUUGGGGUUGGUCGGAUGAUGUUAUUCUUUCUGCCUUCAGGUCGUGUCCACUGUGCAUGAUCAAGUCUGAGAAGAAAAUAAUGGCAACAAUGGAUUUCUUUGUGAACAAGAUGGGUUGGCAUGCACACAAGAUUGCAACAAAUCCCAAUCUCUUCUGUUACAGCUUGGAGAAGAGAAUCAUCCCUAGGUGUUCAGUUGUCAAAGUUUUGUUGUUGAAAGGAUUGAUAGAAGAAAAUAAGCUGAGUUUAUCUACUGUAUCUAAGAGUUCAGAGGAGGACUUCUUGAGUAGGUUUGUCACCAAAUAUCUCGACAAAGUACCUCAACUGUUGAAUGUAUACCAUGGCAAAUUGGAUGUGCAGGAUGUAUGAUCCUAGUGACAUGCAACAUUUCUUGGCAGGACAGUUUUGAAUCUAGUGGUGCUAUUUGAUAUUUGGAAGAAGCCUCUUAGGUGGUGACUCGAAAGGGGUUACCCUUGGACUUGUAUUUCAGUUGCUCGAGUUUAAGGAUGCGGUUCAGUCUGAUAAAAUCCAAUCGACGGUGAAUCCUCAUGUAUGAACCUUCUCACUAGUAAGUGGUUUCCCAUAAAACAUCUGAGCCUUGCACUCACGUAGUUCAAUACAGAAUAAUGAUUACUUGUAAUUUUCAUGUUCUGUUACAUUCUUUGAAUCAGUAGCAAUUGAAGGUGUUCUAUGUCAUUGUUUUUUCCGCCAUUGUCCUAGAUUGCUCAUCGGCUUUGUGGUCUGCCAGAGUUGGGAAAAACUUUACCAGUGUCCCUAGUUGCUGUUCUAUAAUUCUAUAUAUGCCAACUACUGAUCACAUUAUGUGUGUCUAAAGAGAAAGACUUGCUUAAUUGAUAGCUGUGGACUCCAAACCAGCCAGGAUAAGAUUAUGCAACAUGAAAUUGAGUAAGUUGUAAUCAGGGUUCCACGCAAUUCGUAAUGGAAGCAUUACUCAUAUACUGCUUUUCUUGUUUCAUGUGAAUAUUUAUGCGUGCAGUCUGGAGAAUUCAAGCAGAACUCAUAUGCUGCUUAGUCCAUCCCUUAAUUAUGCUAGAUCAGUUUGUCUAGAAUAAUUUGUUCAGUAGUAGUCAGUAGUCAAGUUA